AUGUCCUAUGAACAAGUAUCGUAUUCAGAUGAUCACAGGAUCACUAGUGAUUUAUCAAAUAUUGAAACAAGUUCCAGUAUAGGACUUCAACUUCAUUAUAACGAUGAUCGACAAGAUUUGAAAGUAGAGAAGUAUGUUCUAUUUUCAUUGACAGAUACUAUUCGUGACGUCAUAAAAAGGUUUUUGAAAACUGCUGAGCUUGACUAUAUUUCUCCUAGUGAUGUUUCACUAGUUGAAUUAGGUUUUGGUAAUGAACGUUCUCGUGCACCCUCAUUAAGCACACACAAGACAUUGAACCAACUUAACAUUAGACAAGGACAUGUUCUCUAUUUUGAACCAUCGACAAUAGUUGUCUCACCAAGAUCCUUUCUUUUAACGAUAUGGGGACCCAGUCCAACUAUCAAAGCAGAAUAUGAAUGGAACGGAGAUACAACAACAUUAAAAAUGCUACUUGAACAUAUUAUCAAAGUUUUUUCGUUAGAAUCGAUCGAACGCCAACGCAUUCAUCUUUUUCAGCGCUCUGAAGAACUUGAUCUGUCAUCAAACCCUGACAAACUAUUAAUUGAUUCGGGAAUCAUAGAUCGAUCGUUCAUCGACGUCGAAAUCAUUCCACCAAUCUCGUUUUCGGACUCGGUUGCAAAUACUAUCACUUCCGAGAAAGAAUUCUCGUUUUUGAUUGAACAAAUAAACUCCAACGACGCACCAAAUGCCGAAUUAAGUCAAUGCAUAGAACUUGAACUGCAAUACACUGAUCGCAAACAAAAUUUUAAAAAAGUAGUGAAAACUAAAUUCUCACCAACAACUAUAAUUCGUGACGUUAUUAAACAGUUUUUGAAAACUGCAGAUCUUAGUCAUAUUCUUCCUGACGAUGUUUCACUAGUUGAAUUAGGUUUUGGUAAUGAACGUUCUUCUGCACCCUCAUUAAGUACACAUAAGACAUUGAACCAACUUAACAUUAGACAAGGACAUGUUCUCUAUUUUGGACCAUCAACUACAGCUGCAUCACGAAGAUCCUCUUGUUUAAUAAUAUGGGGACCUAAUCAUGAAAAAUCAGAAUAUGAAUGGAACAGGGCUACAGCAACAUUAAAAAUGCUAAUUGAAUAUGUUAUAAAAACGUUUUCGUUAGAAUCGAUCGAACGUCAACGCAUUCAUCUAUUUUAUCGCUCUGAAGAACUCGAUACGUCAUCAAACCCUGAGAAACUAUUAAUUGAUUCGGAAAUCACAGAUCGGUCGUGGAUUGACGUCGAAAUCAUUCCACCAAUCUCAUGUUCAGUCUCACGUGCAAAUGCCACCACUUCCGAGAGACAAAUCGCGUUUUCAAAUAGACAAAGAAGCACAUAUGAUUCACGAAAUGCCCAAUCAAGUCAAUACAUAGAACUUCAACUUUGCUAUAAGGACCAUCGACAAAAUUUGAAUGUAGAGAGGUGUGCUACAUUUUCAUUGAUAGACACUAUUCAUGAUGUUAAAAUAAGGUUUUUGAAUACUGCUGAGCUUGACGAUAUUUGUUCCGAUGAUAUUUCAUUGGUUGCCUUAGUUAUUGAUAAUCAACGUUUUCCUGCACCUUCAUCAAAUACAAACAUGACAUUACAUCAACUUCACAUGAAGAAGGGAGAUAUUCUCUAUUUUGAACCAUCAACUACUGUUGCUUCACCAAGACUCUAUCAUUUAACGCUAUGGGGACCCAAUAAUCUUGAAAAAGAAGAAUAUCAAUGGGACAAGACUAAAACAACAUUAAAAAUGCUACUUGAACAUGUAUUAAAAAUAUUUUCCUUGGAAUCAAUUGCAAGGGAACGAAUUCAUCUCGUAACACUUCUUGAUACCGAACUCAAUAUUUUAUCAGAUUCUGACAAACUACUGAGUGAACUGAGUAUCACUGACCAAGAUAGUAUUUUUGUUCACAUUGUCCCAUCACGUUCAUCAUCAACAGUUCAUGUCGAGUGCGCUCACAUUAAUGGAACACAGCUGCUUGAUGUACUGCAUACAACUACGAUUGAUGAGCUGAAAAAUAAAAUCGAACAACAAUUCAAAGAUCAUUCUCUCGUUUAUUUUAAGCUAUUUGACCGCAUGCAUGAAGAAAUAGACUUGAAUAGACCAAAUGAAAUGCUUUCAGGUCUAGGUAUAAAUCCUGGUGAAACCAUUUAUGCUAGUGUUCAUUUGGCUUCUUCUAAUAAUCAAACAUCUACUGUGAAUACUCAAAUUAAAAGGGCACCAAGAUCUUCGUCGCUAAUUGCAAAAAACCAACCAGGUGACGUCACGGUCAAUGUUAAAUUCUCGAAAUCCGAUUGUACUAUUACUGAAGCUUCAGUAAACGACACUGUGGAUGAUUUGAUUGAAAAGAUAAAAGCUCUCAAGAAAAAUCGAUCGUUAGCUAAAUUUCAUAUGUCAUCUGGAACGAUUGUCAUUGAUGAUAAACAAUUGAGUCGACAUUUAGCUGAUUUUGGAAUCAAGCCCGGUGAUGAAAUUGAUGUUAGAACAAUAGAUGAGACGCCAUUCUAUCCUCCGAUUACGAGCAGUUAUCUUACUACAUCCUCUACACUGAGUAGACUGCUAGAAACGCAGCGAUUUCAUUCAAGGCCCAUUGGUUUAUAUAAUCUUGGAAAUACAUGCUAUAUGAACAGUGCACUUCAAUGUGUCACUCAUACAAAAUCAUUAACUCAAUUCUUUUUAGAUGGCCUUACUUCGGAUGUUUCUGAUGAUGAUAAAUGCAUAGAUACUGAAUGGAAUCAGUUUUAUACAAUCGGUACAGUGACUGGAGCAUAUGCUGAUCUAUUGCGAAAUUUAUGGUUACCCAAUAAAACUAUGAAUUAUUACCAUUCAUUUCGGCCCACUCACCUAAGAGAAAUAAUUGGAAUUCAGGCUCCUCGUUUUGCUACUUCGGACCAGCAAGAUGCUCAAGAAUUUAUGACUUUUCUCCUCAAUGAAAUACAUAGAGAAUUAAAAGAAAAAAAUGGCAAUGAAUCAAAUACCAUCAUUGAAGAACUAUUUUUUGGAAAAAUACAAUCGACUAUUACUUGUCUUGAGUGUAAACAUGAAGAAAAAACGACAAAUCCAAUCAGCUUCUUGCCGUUGCCACUCACUCAACCAGGACGUAUAUAUACGAUCACAUUUAUUCCGAGAUAUGGUGGACAUGAGUUAGCACACGUGAGUGUACCCGAGACUGCUCAAGUUAAAAAUCUUAUUCAAGCCUUUAUUGAAUCUUUUCCUUAUCGUAGUUUCCUCACUACUAUUAUAGCUAUGACAGAUGAUGGACAACUUGACUCAGAAAUGUCACUAAAUCAAUUAUCUACGAGAGAAGUAUUACUUAUUGAAAAAGACGAGUAUUUGAGCAGUUUCCAAUAUGAUCGAUUCAAUAAAGCUUCAAAAAAAUUAAAUCUUGAAGGUUGUCUUCGAGAAUUCUGCUCAAUUGAAAGUCUAGAAGAUUUAUGGCCAUGUCAACAAGAAACAUGUAAAAAAAAUACAAGAGUAACUAAACAACUUCAUCUUUGUAGUCUUCCAUCUAUACUUAUUAUUCAAUUCAAGCGAUUUUCACAGGAAGAUCCUUUACAACAGAAAAUAGAAACAUUUGUCGACUAUCCAAUAAAUGGACUCAACUUAAGUAGUUUUGUCUCAUCAUCAGAAGAAAUCAUUUACGAUUUAUUCGCUGUUUGUAAGCACACUGGAUCAAUGCUUGGAGGUCAUUACAUAGCAUGUGCUCGACACGAAUCAAACGGUAAAAGUGAAUGGUACGAAUUUAAUGAUUCAUUUGUAUCAUCGUUCUGUCUCGAUACUGAUAUCGUUUCCAAAGAUGCUUAUCUUCUUUUCUACACCAAAAGAGAGAAUCCGAAACAAUCAACAUCAGUGACAACGUCUUAA